AUGUCGUCUAUCCUCUCAACCCCACCACCGCUUGAACGUCUAUACGACGGCUAUCUCGGUGGAUCUCUCGCUGGAAAACAAAGUCGCAUCUACUUGACAAUAGCAACUACCGGACUCGUGCACGGCGUUGUAUACCAGGACGUUCAAGACGAAGCCAUCAACACGAAUGAAGCUCACAAUAACAAUAACAAUAAUUGUUGUCCGGCCGUCUCGGCCCAUCGUUCCCGCCACAACCCGCGAGUUCAAGUUGAACCCGCGGGUUCACCCAAUGGACAAGUCGCGGCUUACGUGAUCGGAACAGCUCAAAUCAGAUGGUCAGCAGAACAAGAGCCAGUCGCUCUUGAGACUUUCGAAGAUCGAGUCAGCACCAAAGCGGCCCAUUAUUGCUGUCUCUUGGACGUGACAAAGGGACGACCUCAGCAGCCCCAGCCCCACCACGUCGAUCGUCGUCACAACCGCGCGCUCACUUGUCAUUUGCACGUUCCCGUCAUGGCCGAUGCACCAGCUGUGGGGACGUGGCAGAGGCCGAGGAAUCGCCGGUGGCAACAGGAUUACGACCAUCAGUUGCGACCGUCAACUUGUUGUACGCAUUUCGAGUCCAGCGUGACAGUAGGAGAUCCGCUACCAUUAUUGUCGACCGAAUCGACGUUUCACCUCGAGCCAGUGCAGUGUCAACAGGAAGCUGCAAAGAUGAGGAGGACGAACAGUGUGACGAUGAGGCUGGCUAGUCCUUCUUCGGUGCUGAUGCCGCUACGUCCGGGCAAGUACGAGUUUAAAGGGUUUACGACAUCGGUGGCAAUGACAAGGGAGACGCGUACGAGACAUGGACGACGAAGUCGAGAUCGAAGGGGUGCACCUCAAGUGACGACUGUUGCUAAAGACGACUGUCUUGUGACGUUGUACUUGCAAGCUGAUGGUACCGUGCACGGCACUUCGUGUGAAGUCGCGCAGCCUCAAGUGUGUCAAUUGAAAGGACGCUGGAAAGCGAAUCGGAUUGCGUACGUCCUCGAGUACCGAGUGCGUGAAGCAGUGGGGCAUUUCCGCUAUUCCGGAGCUAUUGUGAUGAAGAAUCGCGAGACACUCAGUGGUCGAUGGUAUAAUGUCGACAAAGGGCAUGCUGAUGGAUACGAGGGCGGUCGAGGCAAGUUUGAGCUCGAACUGGUGCGUGUCGGGUUCAUGCCGAUUGCAGUCAAGCGCGAAAAAAUUGAGAACAGCAGUGAUGCGAGUCCGUCGGAGAUUGUUUUGCAGCAAGAACGAGCGCGAUUUGCCAACUACGAAGUUGGCAGCAGUCGUGACAUGGUGAUCGACCUUUGCGACGAUGACAAUACGAUCCAGGCAUUCACGUCAGGCGAGUACGAGUUAUCUGGCUGUGCUAUCGAUGCGGAUGGCUACGAAUAUGCGUUCGGUCUGAAGCUCCAGUUGUGUCCUAAUGGAAAGCUGCUUGGUCACAGCACCGAGCAUGUUUUUCAGCAAACGAGUCCGGUAUCUGGUCAUUGGGGACCUACGCAGAUCGUGUACGAUCAGCAGUACGUAGUAAAGGGGGAAGUGGGGCUGUACACGUAUACCGCAAACAUGAGCUGCAACGGUGUCUUGGUCGAAGGCACGUGGAUUAAUGCUGAGACCGAGUUGGCCUUGACUCCCAGUGAGCAUGGUACGUUUGGCCUCAUCGUGCUGCACUCGACUCGACGGUGGAGUACGUCGAGUCAUUCCCGUUACCCGCCACGAUUUCGUCAAGGCGUGUUGACCACUCUGCUAACAUCAGCGAAGCGGGACAUUCUUCCGGGAGCGAUUUGGGCGCAUGUGUUUUCGUUUUGCAACGAAUCGUGGUUCACCGCGCCUGCGAAACCAGCACAAGCACCAUCUCAAGUACUCACGCCUUGUAACAUGCUGACUCGCAACCUGAAGGACGAGCCACCUUGCAAAAGGUGCAAACACGCAGCAUAA